GGAACUUGGCACAAGGGUCCAGGGUCCUUUGUUUCUUCCUUCCUCCCAGCGGCACCUCUCAUGUAGUCUUGGGGAAGCCUCUUACUUGGUGAAGAAAGAGAUCAGGGACAAGAAGGAGGUGCUGAGAAAGUUCCAUGAAACUCAGAAGUCACCGCCUGCAUAUCAAACCCGAAUAACCAGGAGAGAUGUAACCUGGGCACAUGUUCAGCGGUUUCCCUGCUGCCCACACUGCAGGUUUUUCAGGUCCUUGCUUGAGCGUGCAUUCACGGGCGUAAAUAAGCGUGCCAUCAACAGCCUGCGUCAGCCAAGCCAGCUAUUUAAGCGGGCUAGCAUCAGCAAACUCUGCUUCCCAACCCAGGGUUGCCUUUGCCACCUCCACCCGCGCCGCGACUAUGUCGGCGGAGACCGCGAGCGGCCCCACCGAGGACCAGGUGGAGAUUCUGGAGUACAACUUCAGCAAGGUCAACAAGCACCCGGACCCCACCACGCUGUGCCUCAUCGCGGCCGAGGCCGGCCUUUCCGAGGAGGAGACCCAGAAAUGGUUUAAGCAGCGUCUGGCUCAGUGGCGGCAGUCGGAAGGCCUCCCCUCAGAGUGCAGAUCCGUGACAGACUGAGGAGAUGGUGGGCUGGUGCCAGGAGCUUCCCUCCAUGAAGACCAUGCACCGUUUCUCUCAGCUUAACCAUCCUUUUUGUUUUUUCAGCAUAGUGCUAUGUGUUUCAUUGUUAGCUGUCCUGCUAUUUAACACGAUGUUGUAUUUUUUAAAUGUAUAUAACUAGGAAAGAAAAUAACUAUAGGAAGCUGUAUGUAGCUUCUGUGUAAAGCCGUGGCUGGGCUGAAAAGUGGCGGGGCUUGCAUUUCCUUUCGGGUCUUGAUGAUAGAUGGUAUGAAAAUCAUCGAAGUAUGCUUUUGACCAUCAUCUCCCCGUACGAGUUUAUUUUUACCAUCCAUUUCAGAGUAGGUAAGGCCUCCGUUGAAAAGAUGACAUGACCAAGAGGGGGAAGCAUUUCCUUCUGGUUCUAAUUCCCUAAGUUGUUUUCCUUAUGUUGCAUUUAAUACAUGGAGAUUGAGAAUACAGAGGGAUAUUUGAGUCAUUCAGAUUUCAUAAAGCAGUUCCUUGGAUUAUAGCUGCAUUAACUUGGAAAGAACCCAGUUAGGCUGGAAGACAGAAACUCCAACGGGCAGAAAAUCAAGUAACCGAGGGGGGAAAAUAAAAUCCACAGGAGUAUUGAAUUUACCUUACUUAAAUGUAUUUGUUAAAUUUAUUUUACUAAACAAAAUGAACUGCUUUUUGUCUCUGAAAUGAUACUCUAAAUAAAAACCUCUUUGUUGAAAAUGCA